AUGAUGAUUCACAACAGAGGAUGGUGGGCGCACCCCAGGGAGACCACUACCUGCAUGUGCUACCUGCCCAGCACGGCCAUCCAUUUCCCUAGGCUUCCUAGGGCCAUGGCCCGCCCUUGUAGGGCUCCCGGGGCCGACCUGGAGCAGCCGAAACACAUUGACAAGGACGCGGUCGCUAGGGGUGCAUUGACAACGUCCAUUGGAACCGCUAGCGCCAUCACCGGACGGCAAACAGCGAAGACGGAAGCAAUGUGA